UAAUUUCAGCCGCCGUCGAUGUUAAUAUUUGUCGACGCAGGGCUCUGGCUAUUAGUAAACUAAAAAACCGCGGGAGCGUCAAGUCGAAAUUUCUUUAGUUAAUUCGCGAAAAAUAUAUUUAUUGCCCAAUUGCAAUGGGAAUUCUCGGCCUUUCCAAGUUAAUAGCAGAUGUCUGCCCACAGGCUAUCAAGGAAGGGGAAAUAAAACAUUAUUUUGGCCGCAAAGUUGCCAUUGAUGCUUCCAUGUGUUUGUAUCAAUUUUUAAUUGCAGUAAGAGCUGAAGGCGCCCAGUUGACUUCGGUGGAUGGUGAGACUACUUCACAUUUAAUGGGUAUAUUUUAUCGUACCAUACGCCUAUUGGAUAAUGGCAUUAAGCCAUUGUAUGUAUUCGAUGGUAAGCCACCAGAUUUAAAGUCUGGCGAAUUGGCCAAAAGAGCCGAACGACGUGAGGAGGCUCAAAAAGCUCUGCAGCAGGCUACAGAGGCUGGUAAUGAGGCCGAUAUGGAAAAAUUCAACAGACGUUUGGUGAGAGUGACCAAAGAACAUGCCAAUGAAGCCAAGGAGUUGUUAAAAUUAAUGGGUGUCCCUUAUGUAGAGGCACCUUGUGAGGCAGAAGCCCAAUGUGCUGCCUUAGUGAAGGCGGGAAAAGUUUAUGCCACUGCCACAGAGGAUAUGGAUGCUUUAACAUUUGGCUCGACGGUAUUAUUACGUCAUCUUACCUUUAGUGAAGCACGCAAAAUGCCAGUUAAAGAGAUUAACUACAAUAAAGUUUUGGAAGGCUUUGGUUUAACCAGCAAAGAAUUUAUAGAUCUUUGUAUAUUGUUGGGUUGUGAUUACUGUGAAGGUAUAAAGGGCAUAGGACCCAAACGUGCUAUAGAGUUAAUGAACAGUUAUCGGGAUAUAGAAACUAUAUUGGAGAAUAUUGAUCGUAAGAAAUAUACGGUGCCUGAGAAUUGGAAUUAUGAUGUGGCAAGACAGCUAUUUAUUGCACCCGAAGUACAGGACCCCUCAGAAUUGGAGUUCAAGUGGUCAGAACCAGAUGAGGAUGGUUUGGUUAAGUUUCUCUGUGGUGAUCGUCAAUUUAAUGAAGAUCGUGUUAGAUCGGGUGCCAAAAAGAUUUUAAAAUCUAAACAAUCGCAAACUCAAGGACGUCUCGACAGUUUCUUUAAAGUUUUGCCUUCUACGGGCACAACACCAAAACGUAAGGCUGACGAUGAUAAAAAGAAUACAAGUCUGAAAAAAGCCAAAGCCGGUGGUGGCAGCGGUAAUAGAGGCAGACGUCCUAAGUAAAUAAAAAAAAGGUAAUUUACUUUUAUUUUUAUAUUAUAUUGUCAGCGUUCUUGUUGAUUCCGCGUUUACAUUCACAAUACUUGCUUACAAGUUACUCUUAUUAAAAAAAAAGUGAUUAAAUUUAAUGUAUUAAAGUAAA